AUGGCCGUCGGCAUCCCGGCCCUCACCACCGACCUCGGCUCGCCCUCGUCCGGCGCCUCUCCUCAAAGUAGCGGGUCGUCCUCGGCCACUCGCACCGCCACCGUCGUCUGCAUCGUCGUCCCCGUCUUGCUCGUCACGGCAGGCAUCGUCGCGGGCGUCCUGAUCUGCUUGCGCAGCCGCAAGAGGCGCGCACUCAAGCACUCGUGGAUCGAACAAGAACUCGUCCCGACCACCGCUCGCCAUCCACCCAUGCCCUCGCCCCCCCACGCGUACCCGCCCCUCACGAGCCACACGUUCUCGUUCGUGCAGCACGCUCGCGCUCCCGACCCGGCUCCGCCAGCCUCGCAGUCAGCGCCAGAUGUACCUCCGCCGGCGUACGCGCGCCCAUGA